UUUUAUAUUUUUUAAUCAUUUAACAUACUAAUAUCUUAUAUAUUUAUUUUUUUUAUUAAUUAUAAUAUUAUAAAAUAUCACGAUCACUGCAUAAUUACCCUUCUCUCUGUGUAUGUGUGAUUCUGUGUGUAUUCUUUCAGCUUUGGAGUUUGUGGGAAGAAGAAAAAGAGAAGCAAUUGGGGAUAUACGAAAAGAUCGGUUGUUCUCUCUUUUAUUCUGGGUCUCCUGCGAACUCUCUUUCUCAGCUUUUGAUUUCUCUGCUCAAUUACUAGUCUUAUCUAUGAACCACCGACACUUUUCGAUUCUGAGGAGUUUCUGAUAAUGGGUUCUGUUCUUCCUGAUAAUGGGCAUAUGGACUAAUGUUUAAAGUUUGAAAAAGAUUCAAAGUAUCAGCAAGCCAUAAGAAGAAUGGAUAUAUUGUCAACCCGAGCAAGCCAAAGUACAAAAUUGCAGGACAGGCUAGAAUUAGAAAAGCCUAUUGUGUCUGAUGCUGAUCUCAAUUCAAAAGUGACGAAGAACGUAGACAACAUCCCACCAGCAUUGUCAGAAAAUCACCAAAAGCAAAAGCUUGGAAGAAAGGCAAUUGAGAAUGAAGAACUUGUUAAAUACAUGUCGAAUUUACCAAGUUAUUUGGAGAAAGGAAAAAAUCUCAAGGAAAAAGCCUUGAAUGUUGGAGUCCUUGACUGGCGUCGUUUAGAAAAAUGGCAGUAUACCCAUAAACCAAACUCCUCCCAUAGUAGCAGGUGUUCACCGUCCAGCAGCAAUACCUCCUCAUUCUUCUCAACAGAUGGAUCGUCAACCCGUUCAAGCCGGGCCCACAGCUGCUCACCUGCUCGUGAAAGGACACACCGGCUGACACUACAAUUCCAUCUGAAUGCAUCAUCCCCAAAAGAAGAUUGUUCUAAAGGUGUCAAAACCGUUGUAGAAAAUGUUGGAAAGUUUCAAGAUCUCAAAGCUUCAUCAAGUAACAACCCCUUAAAAGGACAAAAAAGUAUUUUUAGAAUGUACCAGUCUUUUAGCAAAAACCAAUCAGAAAUCAAGCUGAAAGAGUGCAAGAUGAAAGACGCUGAGCCACGGAUUGUUCCCAAAAUUGAAACUUCCACGUAUUUAAACAGUUAUGAGGCAGCAUCAUGGUCGAAGGGAAAGGAAAAGACUCAAGAUGGUGAAUCUACUAGUGGAGUGAAGGAUUUGCGAGAACCAUGUUGUGAUAUUCAUCAUAAUUACCAUGAAAGAUGCAAAGAAGCAGCAAGUCGAAGGAGCUUUUCAGAGGGAUCUUUUCCAAAGGAGUUAUACAAUGUAGAUCCCCAUUCUGACAUCCCACAUUCAUGCCCACUGCCUCGUGAAGACGAUAACAUUAAAGACUCGUUGCAGAUAAAACAACCAAGUUCCGUGGAUUCAAAGAGUAUCAAGUUUUCAUCUGAACCGUCUGAACCUUCUCGAUGUUUGUCAAUCAGCCCAUCCAGAGUCAAGAACGUAGAAGAGAAGAAGUCAAAAGUAAUGCCUAGAAAUUCAAUUGCAAUCAAAUCUUCUGAGGGAUCAGAUCUGAAAAAGAGCACAGUAGAGGCUUCUAAGUCGAGAAACUCUUCUCCAACUCGCCGAUUUAGCAUUGGCCUAGGUAGAAUUGGCCGGACUUUCAGCUCCAAAGACAGUUCAGAACAUGUUACAUUCAAAUGCGGAUCAGAGAAAGCUGUUGCUUCUUCUUGCUUGGAAGAUUCAAGUCGUGAUAAACCCAGUGGUACAAAUAGAUCGUCCAGCCCUUUGAAAAGGUUACUUGACCCACUGCUGAAGCCGAAGGCAGCAAACUCCCAUCACUUUGCCGAAUCAGCCAAUGGACAAGUAGAAUCUUCCACUGUACAUUCAGCGAAAGUAAAAUUAGAUUUGACAAGUUGUAAGACUGUCAAUGUUGAUGAUUCACAUCACAAGAAGAAACAUGGAUCAUCAACUGUGCAAGCUCUUUUGCAAAUCACCAUAAAGAAUGAGCUUCCUCUGUUUACAUUUGCAAUUGACAACAAUAGUGACAUUCUAGCAGCCACAAUGAGAAAGGAAUGUUCUUCAGGAAAGGAUGACAACUGCUGGAUCUAUACAAUUGUUACUGUUCAUGAAGUAAAGAAAAAGAACGGUUGGAUAAAUCAAGGAGGCAAAGGUAAAAAUCAUGGUUACGUCCCAAAUGUUGUUGCUCAAAUGACAGUUUCUGUUCCUCGGAUCUCCAGCUUGGUCAGAGACGAUUCUGUUGAUGAACUAAGCAUUGGGGAGUUUGUUUUGUUUGCCCAGGCAGAUCAGCACGCGUCAGAACUCGAGCCAAAUGAUGAGCUUGCCGCCAUUAUUGUCAAGUUCCCAAAAGAGACCGCCAAAGUUGGGUCUUUUGUUCGAAGUCAAGAUCUUCUUAGCGCAACAGUUAUAUUACCCGGUGGCGUUCAUGGACUGCCAAGUAAAGGAGAGCCUUCUCGAUUGAUUGAAAGAUGGAAAUCGGGUGGAUCAUGUGAUUGUGGAGGUUGGGAUUUGGGUUGCAGAUUAAGGGUUCUUGCCAACCAGACUAAACUUAGUAGAAGAUCAAGUUCAUCCAAAACCCAUCACACAGCAGAUAGAUUUGAGCUUUUCUCUGAUCAUGAAGAAGUGCUUGAUGAUAGGCCUAUCUUCAGCUUGUCCCCGUUCAAGGAUAGGAUCUUUUCAGUUGAAUUUAAUUCGUCGCUCUCAUAUUUACAAGCAUUCUCCGUAUGUAUAGCAGUUUUGAAUAGUGGGAAACCAUAUGAGGUUCCAGAAUUAAACAAGUUGUUUGAAGAUAAUUUGUCUGAAGAAGCCCCAUUUGUGGUGGUGAAUGAUGGAAUAAAGAGCUCGAACCAGGUGCAACCAGAGGUUCCUGCAAGCCAUGCUUCGUAUCUUCCACCCAUUUUGCCUGUUGGGAGGGUCUAGCUUGGAUAAGAGAGUGUUUGGUGACUGAGCUCAGUUUGUACAGUUUUUGUAUCUUCACUUGGGUAAGUGACUUACUCAUGGAAACAUGUCAAUGAAGAUUUUUGAUCAGAGCAAACAUCGCUUUCAUGGAAAGCUUAAGCCAAAUGAUGCAUGGCCUGUAAUUUCACAAGACAUGUAUGUUGUAGGAGGAGGAUACAUCCUGGAGACAUGGAAUUUUGUGUUGUUUUGUGGAUGAAUGAAGUGUUGAUAAAUUUAAUAAUAUUUAAGGAGACAAAAUUUGGUUUUAUA